UGCACCAUAAAAACAAAAAAUUGGACUAUUCACUCAUUGUAAUCAAGGUGACUUUUUGUUAAAAAUUUUCCUUAAUUUGCGGAUCAUUUUAUAGUCAUGGUUAGUUUCGUAAUGUAUGUAAAAUGUUUCCAGAAUGGAACAAACCCUACCUCACGGCGCGCGUUCGACCUUUUUUUUUAAUGCCCUCGUUUACUUUUAAGCCUUGCACUCUGCGAAGUCCUCAUUUGCAAAUGAAAAUAUCAACUUAGGAGUUUUUAUUACAAUUUACUUUUGGUUCCUCUACUCAUAAAUAAAACAUGAGCUUGGUUUUAGUCAAUCUUGGCGAAACAGAAAUGUGUUUAAAAAUACUUUAAGUGUAAAAUAAGACCAGCUUAACUGGACAUCUUUCUCUUUGUUAUUUUUGUUUUUAUUUCCCAGAACUUUGGUUGAUCUUUAAUAUAUUGCUUUGUAUCAUGCAGUGUUCGGAUGUGAAAUACAUCAAAAUUCACAUAGGGGGUAUGCAUAAUUCAUAGGUCGCCUAAAUUGACGAAAAUUAGUACAUUUUUGCGAGGGGGAUUUUACUGAGGGCUAUACCGAUAUUGAUCACCAGUUUUCGAGCCGCAUAUGUAGUGGAAGGUAAAUUUAUUUUGCAUGGCAAAACAUCGCGUUUGUUCAUGCAAGUGGCAACGGCAAACAUUCCUGUCGAAAUGAACACAAACCGCACUGAAAUAAACAUGCAAUCGACAAGCAGCGAUUCACUGGGAAUGGUGCAUCACAACGGUUUGAGGGUUGAAUCGUAUUUUCAAGCGUCGGAGAACGAAACGGAUACGGACAGUGAUUCAGGCGCUUUCACGGCCGCUCAUCGCCGCCGAAAAUCCAACAACGAAGAAGGCGUUCGGUUAUCAACCCCCGAACUGAUUCGACAUGCCUUCAACAUUGCGGUCAUAAAGGGAAGAAUCAACUUGCGAUUUACCAACCGGGAUCACCAUGGAGGCCUUCACAAAGCUGUUCUUAAUGGCAAAGAAAGUGACGUGGAACAUCUUCUGUCCUCCGGAAAGGACAUUGAUGCGCAUGACGAGUACGGUAAAACUCCACUGCACUGUGCAGUGGGGGCUCAGAAGCUUGAUAUCGUUCAGUGUCUGCUGCGCUACAGGCCUGACGUGGAUGCCCAUGACGACAGAGAUGACACCGCGCUACACACUGCGGCCAGGACUGGAAACCUCGACAUUGUUCUGGCCUUGUUGCGUGACGGUCAUGCCAACCCAAAUGCUGUCGGAAACUCAGGAUGCACUCCACUGCACAUUGCAGCUCAUCUGGAUCACGCCAACAGCGUCGCUAUUUGUAAACUACUGUUACAACACAAUGCCAAGAUUCUAGCACGUGAUCAUAAGAACAUGACGCCUAUUGCCCAUGCUGCCUUGCACGGCUGUUAUGACAUCAUGGUCUGCUUGUUCCAUUAUUCAAAAGGCCAAGGAAUUCCCCGUGAUGACAUCCUUCAUCACGUUGAUAACACUGACAGCACACUGCUUCAUCUGGCGGUAGAAAGUGGCGUGGCCAAGGUUGUUGAACUUUGUCUGGACGAGGGAGCGGCACCGAACUCAGUAAAGUCAUCUGACGGUAGCACACCUGUUCACCUGGCUUCCUCAUACGGGUACAUGGACAUCCUGGAUAUUUUGAUGAAGGCCGUUGCGUUUAUCUUGGACCCGCCUCCAGAUCAAGAUGGAAUGCUGCCUAUUCACAAGGCCGCGCAAUCAAAUCAUGCAGAAGUGAUCUCAUACCUUCUCAGACAGGAUGUGGAUCAAAUUAACACCACGGACUACGAGGGUCGAACGCCACUGAUGCUCGCUGCACAGUGCAACUGUUAUGAGACCGCCAAAGUCCUCCUUGAGAACCAAGCUAAUGUGGAUGUCCGAGACUCUGAGAAUAAAACCGUUUUGCACUACGCUAUCGGAAGUUCUGAUAUUGUCAAGGAAAUCUUAAAGGACGUGAAAGCUAAUUCUCUUAUUCGUGCAAAGGAUCGUCUUGGCAACACUCCACUCCAUUAUGCAGCUUGCAAGGGUUGCGUGAAGGAUGCAUCAAUUAUACUAAUGAAAUAUCGAGCAGGAGCAACCAUUACAAAUGGUCAAGGAGAGACGCCACCAAUCGCGCGCGAGCGAAAAUAUUUGAUGGAUUAUAAUUUACGUAACGCAAUUAAAAAAUUUUCCGACAUUUUACCUAUUUGGAUGCUUAAUAAACCUGUUAAACUGGUUUGUUGUAACAGAUACGGAUGUGUAUCCGUUGCUAUGAAACUGAUGGACGGGCGUGGGAAGAGAACAGUGAAUGGUAAUGAUGUGUUCGAAAGAACACCACUUCAUCUCGCCGCACAACAAGGACAUGAUGAAUUGGUGGAGUUCUUCUUAAAGAAGGGAGGGAAAAUUGACAGUGACGCACACGGCCAAACUCCCCUACACUAUGCUGCGCUUCAAGGAUCUAAAAGAUCAGCUGAGCUCAUUUUGGCGAGUAAGCCAGAGAGUCUUAAUGUAACUGACAAAAAUCAGGUAUAUUGAAUCUUACUAACAAGAGUGACUUAGCUAUGUAUAUGUAAUAUAUCAGACACGAAAUAUCGUGUUUGACUAUGUUCUUAAACAACGAGAGGA